AUCACCCUCCCUCCAUUUUGGGCAAUUAAAGCCAACACCACGCAGCCAAGCUCAGUAUUGUUGUGGCAGUAAAAGUCAAGUUUGCACGGCAGGGCUGGACAAUAUAGCUUUACAACAUACAAUGGAGCAACACCUGCUUCCUCCCUGCUGCACAUACUCUCAUCUCCGGUCUGCUCACACAGUCUGCGACUCACUGCUUUCAGUAGGAAGGGGGCAGGCUGUGUUUUCUGCCCUGACGUCUUUGCUGUGGACAUGUGUGGUUGAUUGUCUCUUGAGGAAGAUGAUGACAAAGAUGGAGCAGAGCUCGUGCACUGAGGAUCGGAUCCAGCAUGUCCUGGAGCGUUGCCUCUGUGGCCUGGGCCUCGACAUUCCUGACAAACAACUCUGGAACGCCGGGCUGUGCAUAAACCGCUGGUGUUUGGAGGAACUUGUGAAGAGAGAUCCGCACAACUUCCUCAUCCUUUUGCAUAAAAUACUGAGGAAAACAAAGGAGGUGCUAGAGCAGUGUCAGUAUGAGCUGGUGGUGCCCCUCAGUCUCCUGUUCUCUUCAACCCUCCUAAAGGCUCCUCAUGUGGCUCCAGAAGUGCUCCAGGAGGCCCACCAGUUGUUCCAUAGUUUCCUGGCCUGGCCGGAGCCGUGCAGCUCUGCCAGCAAACGCCUGCUGAAUAUUAUUCAGCAGGAGCUCCGAGCACCAGGUAUUUCAUUUCAAAGACAGGUUCGGACAGAGCAGGGUAUUUCCACUGAGAUUAACUCCAGAACCAUGACGGUGCUGUUAGUGAGCCCAGAUGAGGACGUCCCUCCAGAGGUCCAGUCUGUGGCGGAGCAGCUGAGCGGCACCGCGCCCUCCAGCAGAGACGUGGCCGUCCUCCUCAUCGUGCACGGCUUCCAGGCAGCUCUGGGCACCGAUCACGACCCCCAGGCGCUCCACACUGCCCUGCAGACAAAGCGUCCUGAGGAGCUGGAGCAGCUCAGCGAGGCUGUGAUUGACCGAAUGGAGACAGCUGCCUCUACAGCCGGUCUCAGCGCAGCCAGACAAGGUCUCCUACACAGCAUGGAGAGGCUCCGAGAAAGCGUGGCCCUUCCUACUCCCGCUGAUGGCUGCCUAGAUACUGGGGCUGUGGAGACUUUCAUGCUGCCCUUCCCCAAAUGUCAAACGUGCUCUUGGGAAAAAGACAACUUUGAUGUUCUGAAUGGCGUUCUCGAGCCCAACCUGAACUCCCCUCCAGACUGUUUCCUUAAAACCGAAGUGGAAGAGGACGAUAACCAUGACACCAGUGUGGAUGAGGAAGACGAGUUGGAGGGGAACAAAGCGGACGACGGGCUUCAGAAUCACCGCUUCUCCAGCGCAUCCUCUUCCUCGAGGGACUCCGGCUACUCGCUCUUCUCCGCCUGUUCCGCCGUCUCCACGCUGUCUGGCUCGUCGGGGGUGGAGAGCGACUUCAGCGAGGACGCAACACACGAGGACACAGAGGACAGACAAGAUGUCCAACCGAAGCUCAGGAAGAAACCCAAAAAGAAGUCCAGAUCCAUCUUAGGCGCCGAGCGCUUCUCGUCGCUUUUCAAGAGCCCCCGCAGCCCGAGCGUUUGCCGCCGGGCCCAGAGCUUGAGCCACCGUGGGGAUUUUACCAAAGACGGCCACAGAACUGGCUCCACGACCGUGUCUAGACACGUUCAUUCUCUGCAUCCGUCCACUGCCACCCUGGAUCCCCUCGCCCCCCGGAAGCACGUGUGCGUCCGCCGGAGGCCGAUCCUGAGCUACCACGAAGGCGACGUGGAGGAGGGGCCCACCCUGCUCAAAGUGGUGGUGUUCGGAGGCGAUAGAGAAGCCGGCAGGCUGGCCAGAGCAUACAACGACCUGCAGCGCAGAGAGAGCAGAUUUCCCCGACUCACCAAGAUGUGCAAACUGCAGUUUUACCUUGUUCCCACCAAAAGGAGAAUGACCGGAAGCCCGGGAGGAGGACACACACCAACUGAGGGGUCGAUGGGAAGUUCAACCAAAGCUGCUGCCGCUGUGGAGUCUAAUGGCGGCGUACUGGAGGACAGCUCCAAUGAUAUCGCCCAGAUGUUGGGCCUGAUCGACCCCUGGUACGAGAGGAACGUCCUCAGCCUGCUCAGCCUGUCCUCGGACGUCCUUUGUCAGAUGGUGUGUAAGGAAGGUGAUGAGUCAGAGAGCAGUGGCAGCUUGGAGCGACUCCCCCUGUUGGCCGACAUGGUGCUUUAUUACUGCCGACACGCAGACCAGCCGGUUCUGGUGCAGCUCUACCAGGCUGAGCUGACCCUAGCUGGAGGAGAGAGGAGAAGGGAAGUGUUUAUUCACUCUCUGGAGCUCGGGCACACUGCUGGAACCAGAGCUGUUAAAGCCAUGGGUGCUGCCAGCAAAAGGUUUGGAAUUGAUGAAGAACGGGAGGCUGUCCCUUUAUCAUUAAGGGUUGCCUACAACAAGGUGGCUGUUAGCGGGAGGAGCCAGUGGACGCAGACGGAGAUGGUUUGCACAUCGAUAAAUCUUUACAAAGCCUGCCGGAAACCUGAGCUAAAUUCAAGGAUAGAAAGCCUGCAGCUGACAAUGACAGAAGUCCUGAAGAGGCAGUGCUCCAAGUCUAAAAAGGGCUACAAUCAGCACAUCUCCGUCUCAGAGGUGAAGGUGGACAAGGUGCAGGUGAACGGCGGAGACGAUGGGACAACUUUUGCCGUGUGUCUGGAUCAGGAUGAGAAGAAGUUCAUCCAAAGUGUCACCAGGUGUGAUGUGUCUCUGUGCUGUAAACCAGGAAGCGGUUCAGACUGGAGGUCCUACAAGCCGUCGCCUGGCCAAGUCCAGCCUCUGCACCCGUCCUACUGCUCUCUGCUCUGCCUGCCCAUCACCUCCUUCACCGCCUCAUUUCCCUGACACACUUUUCCCAGCGUGGUCGCACAGAAUUCCGUGAAAUGAUCACGAAUCGUUAGCAGCGCAUUACGUGGUGGUGGCACCAAAUGUGUGAAAAAUCUGUGUGGCCAAAACAAUGCCAAUGUAAAGUCAAUGAGAAGAUGAGGUAGCAUUAAGAGCGACUACGGUAGCGAGUACUAUGUAAGAUCGAAAUUCCGCUUAAAGGAACAGGCCAACUUAUUGGGAAUUUAGCUUAUUCACCGUAACCCCCAGAGUUAGACAAGUCCAUACAUACCCUUCUCA